AUUUUAUUUUUUGUAGUACGGAGAGUAUUUGCUUUCCCUCGAAUCAAGUGUUUCUUAAGUUUAUGGUCAAAGAAAAAGAGAGAAAGAAAGAUAACCACACACCUUACAAAAGUUUAUCUUAAUUCACUCCAACACAAAUGAAUUAAUCUGAAUACAAACAAGCCAUUAGCAUCAUACAUUUACAUUAUCUUUCUUUUUUUCUUGAGGUGUGCAUUAUCCAGGAAUGGGAGGAGCGAGCAAGGUCAAAAGCUAGAGGCUGAAAGCCGCAAGCCAUGCACCGCAAUGCGCGCCAGCACGCAGCACAUGCAUUGCCUCGCCAGUUCAUGAAUCCAGUCGAUUCGCAGUCACAGGAAUCCUACCAAUUCCGCGCCGUGACAAGAAGAGCUUCCCAAGGUCUUUGUCACGGCCGAGUGCAUGCUUCACGGGCUCUUUUUCAUAUCACUCACUCCCUUUCCUUUCCCUUCCCUUCCCUUCCCAUCAGGGGCCAAAGCCAUCACAGUUCUUCACGAGCUGGGAAGAGCUCGUGAGCCGCGCAUUGGCGGCGAUGACCGCUGCUCGUAGCCGCCGCUGCCUGCAGGCGGCGGUGCUGCUCUGGGCGGCGCUCUCGCCGUGGGCGCUCGCUUUAGCGGCCGCAGCCGUGCCGGCAAAGCUCAAGGCCGCGCCAGCGCCUGUGGCGACCGGGCCGAUGUCCAAGGUGGAGGACGCCACCAUGUUUCGGAUAUACUACGGCCAGAGCUUCAAGGUCAUCAAGAACUCCGGCGACGGCAAGAGCUACCUUCUCAUGCAGAACACGUCCAAGAUGGCAUCCAAGACGAGGUAUUGCACGGGAAGGAUCAAGUCGUUCGUCAUCCCCCUUGCCAACUUCUCCAUCGACACCACGACUUCUCCAGUGUCAUUCUUUGAGCUGCUUGGAGUGAUAGAAAGCUUGAAAGGAAUAACAUCAAACCAAGUUGCUUCUCAGUGUGUGCUCCAAUCAUAUACAAGUGGAAAUGCCCAGCUUGUGAAUAGAACUGAUGCACAGACACUCUCGCAGUUUACUGCACAUUUCAUAAGCGAUACAGAUGAAGAUAGAGGUUGCAACUUCGCAGCAUAUGUACCCUUAGAAGAAGAUGCACCAUUGCAGAGGGCUGAGUGGAUCAAGUACUUGGGAACUUUCACAAACUCUGAAGGCAGGGCUAAUACUGUCUAUGAUGCAAUAAAGACAAACUACCUGUGCUUAAGCAAAGCAGCUGCAAACCUUAGCACAAGGUUCAAGCCUAUAGUAGCGUGGAUUGAAUUCACACAGGGAAUGUGGACAUUUGUUAAAGAAAGUUACACCUUACAGUAUGUCACAGAUGCAGGAGCAGAAACUGUUGAUGCAACUAUUACAAAUAAGAGAUUUAAUAGUUCAGACCCAGAGGAUAUGGACAACUUCCAUGCUAUUCUUUGUACAGUGGACGUGGUCAUUGAUCAGACAUAUGCUUUGGAGCCUGCAGAGUACAAACUAGCAACUUUUUUGGAGAACAUUAAUGUUAGCCAAGACUCCUGCUAUAGUUUUGUAUCAAACCGCAGCAUAUGGAGAUUAGACAAAAGGAUAGGAGCUUCUGGGACACUUGAUUGGUACGACGGAGCUAUCUCACAGCCUCAGUUGGUUCUUGGAGACCUCAUAGAAGUUUUCUUCCCAACAGGGAACUACACAACAAUUUACUUCAGGAAUCUUGCAAAGGAAGAAGGGGUCACAGAGAUUGGCCCUGAAAUGUGCGCUAGGAGCAUAUCCACACCCAUGGAGCCUAUAAUCCUGCCCUGCGAAUGAUGAACCCAGAUGAACAUGAUUGAGUUGUCAAGCUACUGUACCAGCAAACAGUGACAACUAGUUGAUGGAAGCAUUUAGGUUACUGACAAACUGAUCUGGACAGAAGCAUUUGCAAAGAUUAAAUUACACAAUUGUGAAAGAUAUAUUGAGCUUUCUUUCAAUUUCAAAUAUAUUGAGCAGCAACAACUAGUUGGUCUGUUGAUCAUUUAAUAAGUGAUUACAAACCAAGUCCACUGAUUCCAUGUUGAAGGAAUUUGAUGUAAUUAUCCAAUAAAUCAUCAUCAUAUGAAACUCAAACAAUUUUCAAUAUGAUAUCUGCCUGUAAUUUGUAUUUUC